AUGGCUACUGGCCGCACACCUCUACAUGACAAUGCAAAGUCUGGCUAUGAUGAUGUCACCAAAGUACUGCUAACAAGGAAAGACAUCGAUACUACUGUGUCAGAUGGUGCUGGCAUGACACCAUUGCACAAGGCAGCCAGAUACGGCAAUCUUUCCGUCGUCAAAUUGCUCAGGCAACGACCCGAGAUCUCUGGCCAUGAACGUUCAAAUCAGAAGUUCGGUCGUUUGCCCAUCCAUAUGGCCGCAAAGUACGACCGCUUGAAAGUGGUUGCGUAUGUCUUCGCACAAGACGAGGAACUCGUCAACGCGGUCGAUAACGAUGGGAAAUCGGUCUUGCACCACGUACUCUUCGAGGAUACGCCACAGACGAUCGAAGCCGUGUCGAAGCGUAAAAACAUCAAGCCUGAUCUGAAAGAUAAUUCAAGGAAGGACGCCGCUUUGGGACGCGAUCGAGAAUAUGACCUCAGCUCUGCAGUCUCAGUCCUACGCCGGCGCUCCGACAUCGACCAGGAUCCAACGGCUUCUGACCGUCGUCGACCAAAGAACGGAAGACAUGGUGCUCCACCACCAAUAGAACCUGGUUUGAAGGCCGCGCGUGAUCGAAAUGAUGUCGCCCUCAACAACGAAUCAAAUCAAGCACGACAUCGCCUUCGGCACUAA